AGUGAAGUCACAAAAACGAUCCAGACAGACGACGCUGAAGAGAAGGAGAGAAUGGCGCAUGAAUUGGCAGUGGUGAAGGCAGAACUGGAGGAGGCCAAGAAUUUACAGGCGGAGAAGCAGGCCACCAUCGCCGACCUGCAGGCGGCUGCCGCGGCACUUGUUGCCAGUCACAAGGUUGAACUGGAGAAUGUCGCAGCGCAGAAUUCACAGAUCGCAGAGAAGAACGAAGAGCUCAACGCCCGUACUGUAGCG